UUUUACUAUUGUUUUUAUACUGUCUGUCUCAUAUUUGAUGUUGAAUUUUUUUUAUUAUUUGUUUUCUAUACUUAUUAGAUAACAUCAUAUCUGAUUUGAAUGCAAUUAAUAUUUCAAUUUAUGGCAUCUACCAAGAAUGUAGUGUAAGAUAUAUAAACUUAUUUACUAUUGUCAUGUCUAAUUUUAUGGAUCAAGCAGUUGAAUGUGUUCGAAAAAUUGUUGACAUUCAUCGAUGUGGCGUUUGUGACAGGUCAGAUGGACUUCGUCAAAGGUAUCCUUGUGGGUUUUCUGUUUGCGAAGACUGUGCAACUGAAGCUCAGGAGUGCAUACAGUGCUUAACAACUUUAAAUUCUUCUCCUUGUAACAAAUCAGUGAUAGACGAGCAACUUUCACAAAAAGUAGGCCAUGUAUCACAUCUUCUGAAUGUGUUUCAAGAAGUCUUCAACAUAGAUGUGUAUAGAAGGCAAAGAAUUUCUGACCAACUGAAAGUUGAAAAAGAAGUAUUUCCUGAAUGCAUUCAAGCCCCUAUAAAAUAUUGUAACAAACGAAAAAGUCUUAACAUUCAAUAUAACAACAAGGAAAAUAAGAGAAAGUCUGUGUACCAUGGUGAAAACACAUCACAUAAGAGGAAAUUGAAUAUGGAUAAAAUUCAAUACAUAGAAAAAUGGAUUCAAGAUAAUAAGACAAACUCUCCAAGAAUCCCACUUGCAGAUUUAAAUAUCAACAAUCAAAAUACUUCACAAACAAAUGAACAAAAUGUAAUGAAAAAUAAUAAUCCUAUUAUAACAAUAAGGAAAGAUAAGUUUCAAAGUAGUAAUAGGAGAAAAAUAUUAAACAUCACCAGUCGCAAGAAAAAAUACACACUUACACAAAAUAAAAAUCAGUCUACUAAUAUAAUUGAUAAACACAAAACGAAACAAAAGAAUGAUUUAGUUGGUAAAAUAACAAUAACAGAAAGUAAUAAUUUAAUAUCUGAUUAUAAAAAGAAAAAUGAAAAUGAUGAAAGUGGUAUUGUUAUGGAUGAUGAUUAUAUAAUUAUAGAUGAUACACCAACUGAAAUUGUUGAUAAAGAUAAACUUGCAUUGCUGGCUAUUGAAGCUGCUGAAGAAACUGAAAAACAGAAACAAUCUGACUCCAAUUUGAUGCAAAAUUCAUUAGGCAAUAAAAAUGUAAGGAGUAAUAAAAUUAAUGAACAACUUUCCAAUUAUACUGAAACUUCAUAUCAAAAAGACAAUAAAAGUAUUGUGCCAUUUAUUAAGAAAGGAUUAUUUGUCGAACCUUGCAUGGCCUGUAGAUAUGAUUUGUAUAAAACAAAUAAAAGUACAUUAAACAAUGUUUCAUUCAGUAUUGAUAAUGUUAAUUUUGUAACUGAUGUUAAAAUUUCUAAAAUAGAACACAAAAGAAGUAUUAAGAGUUCUGUUGCAGUGCAAACUGACAUUAAUGAAAUAAUCCAAAUUAAGAAUGAUUUGGUAAUCGCUGGUGCUAAAGACAAAUAUUUCUCUAUGGAGAGCCAGGACAUAUUUGUAGAUGAACCAAAUAAACAUUUUAGUGAAACAUUGCAUAAAUAUGGUUUUACUUCAGAAGAAGAAAAGACAAAUAAUUCAAAUAACACUAAAUCAAUAUAUAAUGAUAAAAAAAACAUAAUUAUAGAAGAAUCUGACAGUGAUUUAGAUAUGGAUGCAGGACAAAUUAGUAUAGAUGUUACUGCUGAAGUUCAUAGAUCUUGUGAACCAAAGGACUAUGGAAUUUUAACUGAAAUACCUCCAAGUGAAUCUAGCACAAGAAAAAGACGUGUGGAGCGCAGACCUACACCGGCGAGUACGGAUUCAUCUGACAAAGAAAAUUUUGAUCCUAAUAGAAGUAAAAGACGUAAAUAUUAUGGAAAAAAAUUUUUAAAGAAAAAACCAACUGGUGCACUGUUAUAAGUUUAACAAUACUUACGCGUUAGAAUUAUAUACGAGGCUAAUCUACCUCAGGAUCGUCUUUUCUAUUUACAGAUUUAUGUUUUUCUAAUUUUAAUCAGAAUUAUAUCAUUUUGAAAGUUUUAA